AUGAAGAAUGUCCCUAUUCCUCUCUUUGGUGCUAAGACUAUUGGUCGGAGAAGUCCUGAUGGACCAGUGUUGAGCAAAGCUGAAUUUGUUGAGAAAGUUCGUCAGAGUAACCAGGCCUGUCAUGAUGGAGAUUUUCAUACAGCUAUUGUUCUGUACAAUGAAGCCCUGGCUGUUGACCCUCAGAACUGCAUCUUAUACAGCAAUAGAUCUGCAGCCUAUAUGAAAAUCCAGCAGUAUGACAAGGCACUGGACGAUGCAAUCAAAGCUCGACUUCUCAAUCCAAAAUGGCCAAAGGCAUACUUCCGACAGGGUGUUGCCCUCCAGUACCUGGGACGCCAUGCCGAUGCCCUGGCAGCCUUUGCAUCCGGCCUGGCUCAGGACCCCAAGAGUCUCCAGCUUCUGGUGGGCAUGGUAGAGGCGGCCAUGAAAUCUCCCAUGAGAGACUCUCUCGAGCCCACUUAUCAGCAGCUUCAGAAAAUGAAACUGGACAAGAGCCCCUUUGUGGUCGUAUCUGUGGUUGGGCAGGAACUCCUGACAGCUGGCCAUCAUGGGGCCUCUGUGGUUGUCUUAGAAGCUGCUCUCAAGAUUGGCACCUGCAGCCUCAAACUGAGAGGUUCGGUUUUCUCUGCCCUGAGCAGUGCUUACUGGUCUCUUGGAAACACAGAGAAGAGUACUGGAUACAUGCAGCAGGACUUGGAUGUAGCCAAGACCUUAGGUGACCAGACAGGAGAAUGCCGAGCUCAUGGGAAUCUGGGCUCUGCAUUCUUCUCCAAAGGAAAUUAUCGGGAGGCUCUCACUAACCACAGGCACCAGUUGGUGCUCGCCAUGAAACUCAAGGAUCGAGAGGCAGCUUCCUCAGCCCUGAGCAGUCUGGGCCACGUGUACACAGCCAUUGGUGACUACCCCAAUGCACUGGCCAGUCACAAGCAGUGUGUUCUUCUUGCCAAGCAAUCCAAAGAUGAGCUUUCGGAGGCCCGAGAACUCGGCAACAUGGGAGCCGUGUAUAUUGCCAUGGGUGACUUCGAGAAUGCUGUGCAGUGCCACGAGCAGCAUCUGAAGAUAGCCAAGGACCUGGGGAACAAGCGAGAGGAGGCCCGGGCCUACAGCAACCUGGGCAGCGCCUAUCACUACAGGAGGAACUUUGACAAGGCCAUGUCUUACCACAACUAUGUGCUGGAGCUGGCGCAGGAGCUGGCGGAGAAGGCCAUCGAGAUGCGGGCCUACGCUGGCCUGGGCCAUGCCGCCAGGUGCAUGCAGGAUUUGGAGAGAGCUAAACAGUACCACGAGCAGCAGCUGGGCAUUGCCGAGGAUCUCAAGGACCGCGCCGCAGAGGGGCGAGCGUCCUCCAAUCUGGGAAUCAUACACCAGAUGAAGGGCGAUUAUGAUACUGCACUGAAACUCCACAAGACCCACCUGUGCAUCGCCCAGGAGCUGAGUGACUACGCUGCCCAGGGCCGUGCCUAUGGGAACAUGGGUAAUGCCUACAGCGCUCUGGGCAUGUACGACCAGGCAGUCAAGUACCACCGGCAGGAGCUGCAGAUCUCCAUGGAAGUGAAUGACCGUGCCUCCCAGGCCUCCACCCACGGGAACCUGGCCGUGGCGUACCAGGCCUUGGGUGCCCACGACCGGGCCCUGCAACAUUAUCAGAACCACCUGAACAUUGCUCGCGAGCUUCGCGACAUCCAGAGUGAGGCCCGGGCCCUCAGCAACCUGGGCAACUUCCAUUGCUCUCGGGGGGAGUAUGUCCAGGCCGCCCCCUAUUAUGAACAGUACCUCCGGCUCACUCCCGACCUUCAAGACAUGGAAGGAGAAGGGAAGGUCUGCCACAACCUCGGCUAUGCCCAUUACUGCCUUGGAAAUUACCAGGAGGCGGUCAAGUACUAUGAGCAGGAUCUGGCACUGGCCAAAGACCUUCACGACAAAUUGAGCCAGGCAAAAGCAUACUGCAACUUGGGCCUAGCCUUCAAGGCUCUGCUGAACUUCAGCAAAGCUGAAGAGUGUCAGAAGUACCUACUGUCCCUUGCCCAGUCCCUAAAUAAUUCCCAGGCUAAAUUUCGAGCCCUAGGGAACCUGGGUGAUAUAUUCAUCUGUAAAAAAGAUAUAAAUGGUGCAAUAAAAUUCUAUGAGCAGCAGCUGGGCUUAGCUCACCACAUAAAGGACAGAAGACUGGAAGCCAGUGCAUACGCAGCCCUGGGCACGGCAUACCGCAUGAUCCAGAAAUACGACAAGGCCUUGGGUUAUCACACGCAGGAACUGGAGGUCUAUCAGGAGCUGAGCGAUUUGCCAGGGGAGUGCAGAGCUCAUGGGCACCUGGCUGCCGUCUACAUGGCCCUGGGGAAAUAUACAAUGGCGUUCAAGUGUUACGAAGAGCAGCUGGAUCUAGGGCAGAAGCUGAAGGACCCCAGUCUGGAAGCCCAGGUCUAUGGCAACAUGGGCAUCACAAAGAUGAACAUGAACGUGAUGGAAGAGGCCAUCGGCUACUUUGAGCAGCAACUGGCCAUGCUGCAGCAGCUAAGUGGAAAUGAGUCAGUGCUCGACAGGGGCCGGGCCUACGGCAACCUGGGGGAUUGUUACGAGGCCCUGGGUGACUAUGAGGAAGCUAUCAAGUACUACGAACAGUAUCUGUCUGUGGCCCAGAGUCUGAAUCGCAUGCAAGACCAAGCCAAGGCUUACCGGGGACUAGGAAAUGGCCACAGGGCAAUGGGGAGCUUGCAGCAGGCCCUCGUGUGCUUUGAAAAGAGGCUCGUGGUCGCCCAUGAGCUCGGGGAGGCCUUUAAUAAAGCCCAGGCCUAUGGAGAGCUAGGAAGUCUGCACAGCCAAUUAGGGAAUUACGAACAAGCCAUUUCCUGCCUUGAACGCCAGCUGAACAUUGCUAGAGAGAUGAAAGAUCGCGCACUGGAAAGUGAUGCGGCCUGUGGCCUCGGUGGCGUUUACCAGCAGAUGGGGGAGUAUGACACGGCCCUGCAAUACCACCAGCUCGACCUGCAGAUAGCAGAGGAGACCAAUAACCCCACGGGCCAGGGGCGAGCCUACGGGAACCUGGGCCUGACAUAUGAAUCCCUGGGCACCUUUGAGAGGGCUGUGGUCUAUCAGGAACAGCACUUGAGCAUCGCGGCACAGAUGAAUGACUUGGUGGCCAAGACGGUGUCGUAUAGUAGCCUCGGAAGGACCCAUCAUGCCUUGCAGAACUAUUCCCAGGCAGUAAUGUACUUACAGGAAGGUUUAAGGUUAGCUGAGCAACUGGGCAGAAGAGAAGAUGAAGCCAAAAUUCGCCACGGUCUUGGUCUCUCCCUUUGGGCUAGUGGGAAUCUGGAGGAGGCCCAGCACCAGCUCUACAGAGCAUCGGCCUUGUUUGAAACGAUCCGACACGAGGCGCAGCUGAGCACGGACUACAAACUCUCCCUCUUUGACCUGCAGACCUCCUCCUACCAGGCCCUGCAGCGGGUGCUCGUCAGCCUUGGCCAUCACGAUGAAGCCCUGGCCGUGGCAGAAAGAGGACGGACGAGGGCAUUUGCCGAUCUUCUGGUUGAACGACAGACAGGACAGCAAGACUCCGACCCAUACUCCCCAGUCACCAUCGACCAGAUCUUAGAGAUGGUUAAUGGCCAGAGGGCACUGGUGCUUUACUAUUCCCUGGCUGCCGGCUACCUGUACAGCUGGCUGCUUGCUCCUGGGGCAGGAAUUCUGAAGUUUCACGAGCACUACCUGGGUGAUAACACAGCGGAAAACUCUAGCGACUUCCAGACUGCCAGCAGUGCGUCCCUUCCAGCAGCCUCCAGUUCGGCCCUGGAGCAGCACAUCAGCAGUGUGCGGGAGGCCCUGGGGGUGGAGUCUUACUACUCAAGGCCCUGCGCCAGCAGCGAGACUGAGAGCGAAGCCGGGGACCUCACAGACCAGCAGUUUGAAGAGAUGAACAACAAGCUCAACUCGGUUACUGACCCCACUGGCUUUCUGCGGAUGGUCCGCCGCAACAACCUCUUUAACAGGAGCUGCCAGAGCAUGACAAGCUUGGCCAGCAGCGCCAUGUCGCCCAUCAAGGACGGGGCCUCCUCGCUCCCCCGGAGGCAGAGCUCGUUCGCCAGGCCCCCUCUCCGUGCCCUGUACGACCUGCUCAUAGCACCCAUGGAAGGGGGCCUGAUGCACUCCAGCGGCCCUGUGGGCCGGCACCGGCAGCUGGUUCUGGUCCUGGAGGGGGAGCUCUACCUCAUCCCCUUCGCCCUCCUGAAGGGAAGCUCGUCCAAUGAGUACCUGUACGAGCGCUUCGCCCUCAUCGCCGUGCCGUCCAUCCGCUCCCUCAGCCCGCAGUCCAAGUCUCACCUGAGGAAGAACCCGCCCACACCCUCCAGCUCCACGUCCAUGGCGGCCGUUGUCGGUAACCCCAAGCUGCCGUCAGCCGUGAUGGACAGGUGGCUGUGGGGGCCGAUGCCAUCGGCCGAGGAGGAGGCCUACAUGGUGUCCGAGCUGCUAGGCUGCCAGCCCCUGGUGGGCAGCGUGGCCACCAAGGAGAGGGUCAUGAGUGCUCUGACCCAGGCCGAGUGCGUCCACUUUGCCACCCACAUCUCUUGGAAACUGUCGGCCUUGGUCCUCACGCCCAGCGCGGACGGCAACCCCGCCAGCAGCAAGAGCUCCUUCGGCCACCCCUACACGAUCCCCGAGUCCCUGCGGGUGCAGGACGACGCCAGCGACGGGGACAGCAUCUCGGACUGCCCGCCCCUGCAGGAGCUGCUGCUGACGGCCGCUGACGUCCUGGACCUGCGGCUUCCCGUGAAGCUGGUGGUCCUCGGCUCCUCCCAGGAGUCCAACAGCAAGGUCACGGCGGACGGGGUCAUCGCGCUGACGCGGGCCUUCCUGGCGGCCGGCGCACAGUGUGUUCUCGUGUCUCUGUGGCCUGUGCCUGUGGCUGCCUCCAAGAUGCUCCUCCACACCCUCUACUCCUCCCUGCUGAAUGGCCUGAAAGCCAGCGCGGCCCUGGGGGAGGCCAUGAAGGCGGUGCAGAGCAGCAAGGCCUUCUCGCACCCGUCCAACUGGGCAGGGUUCUUGCUCAUCGGCAGCGACGUUAAGCUGAACAGCCCCUCGUCGCUCAUCGGCCAGGCCCUCACUGAGAUCCUCCAGCACCCGGAGCGCGCACGGGACGCCCUGCGCGUGCUGCUGCACCUGGUGGAGAAGUCCCUGCAGCGCAUCCAGAACGGGCAGCGCAACGCCAUGUACACGUCCCAGCAGAGCGUGGAGAACAAAGUGGGCGGCAUCCCUGGCUGGCAGGCCCUCCUCACCGCUGUGGGCUUCCGGCUGGACCCCCCUGCCAGCGGCCUGCCCGCAGCCGUCUUCUUCCCGACCUCCGACCCGGGUGACCGGCUCCAGCAUUGCAGCAGCACGAUCCAGUCCCUGCUGGGUCUGCCCAACCCUGCCCUCCAAGCCCUCUGCAAGCUCAUCACUGCCUCGGAGACCGGCGAGCAGCUCAUCAGCCGGGCUGUUAAAAAUAUGGUUGGAAUGCUCCACCAGGUGCUGGUUCAGCUGCAGGCGGGCGAGAAGGAGCAGGACUUCACCUCGGCCCCCAUCCAGGUGUCCAUCAGCGUCCAGCUGUGGCGGCUCCCGGGCUGUCACGAGUUCCUGGCGGCUCUAGGGUUCGAUCUCUGUGAGGUGGGUCAGGAGGAAGUAAUCCUGAAAACCGGGAAACAAGCCAAUCGGCGAACCAUGCACUUUGCACUGCAGUCUCUGCUCGCGCUCUUCGAUUCCACCGAGCUGCCCAAGCGCCUCAGCCUCGACAGCUCGUCCUCGCUGGAGUCUCUGGCCUCGGCCCAGUCUGUCUCCAACGCCCUGCCCCUGAGCUACCAGCAGCCUCCCUUCUCCCCCACCGGCGCCGACAGCAUCGCCUCCGACGCCAUCUCCGUGUACAGCCUGAGCUCCAUCGCCUCCUCCAUGAGCUUCGUCUCCAAGCCCGAGGCGGGGUCGGAAGGCGGGGGCGCCCGCGGCCGGCAGGACUACGAGCGGUCCAGGACGGCCUACCCGCAGCGGUCCACGCUGCCUCGGGGCCAGCUGUCCCCCCAGACGCGCCCUGCGGGCGGCAAAGACGACGAAGAGUACGAGGGCUUCUCCAUCAUCAGCACCGAGCCGCUGGCGGCCUACCCGGAGGACGGGAAGCCGCGCUUCUCGCCGGACCACAAGCAGUGCCGCGCGGGGGCAGCCGGGGGCCUGAAGGUUUCCGUCAGCUCCAAGGGCAGCGUGAGCACGCCCAACUCUCCGGUUAAAAUGACCCUGAUUCCCAGCCCCAACUCUCCCUUCCAAAAAGUCGGCAAACUAGCAAGUUCGGACACGGGAGAAUCGGACCAGUCGAGCACGGAAACCGACAGCACCGUGAAGUCCCAAGAAGAAAGCAACCCAAAGCUUGAUCCACAAGAGUUGGCCCAGAAGAUUCUAGAAGAGACGCAAAGUCAUCUCAUGGCGGUGGAGCGGCUGCAGAGGGGCGGCGGCCAGGGCAGCAAGAACGGGCCCCCGGAGGACGGCGGCGCCGGGCCCAACGGAGCCGCGGUCUUCAGGGCGUCGGAGACCAGCGCGUUCAGCCGGCCCCCCCUCUCGCACGCCAGGGGCCAGCCGUCGCCCGUCACCGCUAAACCAAAGCCCCCCGCCAGAAGCUCGUCCCUCCCCAAGGUGAGUUCAGGGUACAGCAGCCCCACCGGCUCCGAGGCGUCCGCCAAGGACGGCGCGAGCCAGCACGGGGCGCGGCCGUCGCCCGGCGCCGACCCCCACACCUCCCUGCCCGAGCAGCCCCUCUUUAAGCUCAAGUACCCCAGCUCUCCCUACAGCGCGCACAUCUCCAAGUCGCCGAGGAAUGCGUCCCCGAGCUCGGGCCACCAGUCCCCCGCCGGCAGCGCGCCGUCCCCGGCCCUGUCCUACUCGUCGGCCGGUUCGGCCCGCUCCAGCCCCGCCGACGCCCCCGACAUAGACAAACUGAAGCUGGCGGCCAUCGACGAGAAGGUGCAGGCCGUGCACAACCUGAAGAUGUUCUGGCAGAGCGCGCCCCAGCACUCCGCGGGGCCGGUGAAGAUAUUCCGGGGGCCCCCGGGGACCAUGACUUCCAAAAGAGAUGUCCUCAGUCUGUUAAAUUUGUCUCCUCGGCACAACAAGAAGGAGGAAGGAGUCGACAAGCUGGAACUUAAGGAACUGUCUAUGCAGCCGCCCGGAGACACGCCACAAAAAGCCCCUCCCAACGGCCACUGGCGCACGGAGACCACGGCGCUGGGCACGCUGCCCCUGCCCGCCGGCCCCGUCGCCCCCGCCCCCGCCCGCCCUUUCAGACUGCCUUCCGGCAACGGCUACAAGUUUCUGUCCCCGGGAAGAUUUUUCCCCUCCUCCAAAUGCUAGAGCACCUCACACCCGCGGGCCGCAGAGGGUGGUGCCGCUCACGGGGCCGAGCCCACAGUCUGAGCGCUGCCCCCCCUCGCUGGGCGCGGACCACCCCCCACCCCCCCCCAGUGCCCCCCAUCCUCACGGCUGGCGGCCACCCUGGGCCAGAGCCACCGCAAGCCGGAACGUGCGUGGGGUUGGUACCGGAGGCUCGUGGACUUUUCUACACGCUUCACCCAAUGUUUACCUUGAACUCCCUGCUUCUCAUCUUUGCUGUGACUCUUCAACAGGAUUUUUUACAAAAACGGUCGUGGUUCUGGGUGGGGAGAGGAAAGGGAGCACAUAUUUUGCUAAGAGGCAUAUAUGCAGUACCUUUUAUACACAGAAAUACAAAUAGAGCUUUUUUUUAAGGCUUUCAGGUGCUGGUUGGGGGAGGGAUAUAUAAAAUCUAAGUUGAAUACUACAUGAAAGUGUGAUACUAGCCAAAAACAGAAUGGUUUUUAAAAUGCCAAUGAUUUGUAAUUAAACUGUAGCAAUUCUGGUCGUAUGACAGCGGAACGUCACAGUAGCAAUGCAAUAACUCACGGUUCAACAGUGCUUCCGUCCUCAACUCCACAAACGUCCUUGGGGCCCCACUGUCAACCAAACUUGAAUUUUCUGAAAAAUUUUAUGUAACUCUCUUAUCCAGGCAUUUUAGAACUAUGCAAUUGUGAUUUAAAAUGCAACUUUGUGCUUUGAAAACAUUAUUGAUGUUUUUUGUACUUGGAUAAACAACUCGGUUUUAUUAUCAAUAGUACUUUGCAUUUAUAGCUGUUAUUUUUAAAAGGCUCAAAUUUUUUAAAAUGUCAAAUUUUGAAUAGUCAUCAAUAAGUAAUUAUCAAGUUGGGGGGGUGAAAUUAUUCAGUUUCCUUGUAAAGCAAAAAAGAAAAAGGAAAAAAAAAAAAAUCCCGCAGCUAAAUGGAUUUAACCAGAAGGGAAAUUCCAGCUCCUAUUCCCUUUAGUAGCUGCUUUAAUUUUAUUCUCUUUUCCCAACUCUCGGCCUCUGACCUGUCUCCUCUGCAGAUCCGUUCCCAGGCUCCCAGAGUCCCAGCACCCAUGUCUGUGACGCCCUCACCACAGCAGGCCCCACCCCCUCCCCUCCCACAUUACACUUCAGUGUUGGCAGCGGAGACAGGGGGCUUUUGCUGGGAUUUACACCCAUGUGAUUGAUGAGCAGGGAAACAUCCCUGAAAGUGCCGCCCUACACGAGCAGGGCUGGCGUCUCCUCCAGCCGUGAGCGCGCACCCAAGUUACCAUCAGCCAGGCUAUGACAAAAGACCGUCUAGGUAGGGGUAAGCAGUGACUUAUAAAGAAAGAGAUGAAAUGCUAAAAAUCAUACUAGUACUAAAUUUAGUUGGAAAAUAUCGGCCCCCGUGCAGUGGCCGUGAGGGGCCUGGCGGGAGGGGCACUAACAUUAAGACCCCCAAGUAGAGCUUUUAACCUCCGGCAGGACGUCACUCUGUCAACACAUGCUGACCAACCGCUUGCCCUGUUCCUCAGUGAACCCCGAGAAAAGGGAAGGAGAACAUUUCUUCAGCGCUUCGCUCUCCCGAGCUCCAUCAUAGAGGUUUUCUUGCCUUUACCCCAACAGUCAGUAAGGAUGUCCCCUUCGAGCCCUGACCCCAACAUGGGAAGACAUACGCUUCGUGAAGAAGCAAUCACGAGGUUCUUGAUGUCAGUAGGGAAAAACCAAACGGUAAUACAAGUCCCAGAGCAGCAAAUGAAAGCAGGCUCAUAGCACUGUGCAUUUAGAUAGCAAAAUCAGGUCCUCAGCAGCAGAAGCGAAACCUCAGAGUAGAUUUCUGAAUCUGAUGUAGAUAGUUAGGCGGUUCCUUUCUUAGCCAUCUCAGCCUCUUUCCCAAGUGCCGAGGAGCCCUGGAGGACCGGCCGGGGGUGUGGGCACCCCCCCAGCCCCCGUCCACCUCCAGUGCUCGUCCCCCACCACCCAGUCCGCUUCCCGUGCGGACCGAGCCGGCUAGGAGGUCUCACGGACCCUAACCUGGCUUUAGUUCUAACCACACUGUUGUUUUAGGUUUCGUGUUGAAAAACCAAAUGGUGCAUUUGACUUUUUUCCCUUGUCCUUAGAGAUAAGCUUCAAUGAAGGAAAGUGUAACACGACAAAACAAUAAGGACCAAUCUGAAAAUCACUGUAGAAUUGCCACCUCCUUAUGUUUACUGUCUUGGUGUUUUCUUUAUGAGUGAAAUGGAUGUAAAGUCAAAGGAGAUGUUUCAGGCUCCUCCACUGAAGAAAAAAAAAAAGUAUGCACUUAAAAGUUAUGUGAAAUUGUAUAAUUCACAAGUUUCUUUGUACAGAUCAGGGGUUGGCAAACUGUGUUGGCAAAUCUGGUCAGAGGCCUCGUUGUUUAUAGCCACAAGAUAGGAAUGGAUUUCACAUGUUUAAAUACAGAAGUACCUCCAUAACAUUCUUGAUCUUGCCUCUUGGCCCACGAAGCCUGCCAUACCUGACGCCUGACCGUUUGAGAAGUUUGCUGACUGCUGGUGUAGGAGGCGCAAAACACAAUGAGAACGUUUUGUUUCUACAGUCUAGGGAGCGUGAGUGUCAAGUUGUGGAUAAAGUUGGCAUGCGUGGGCACCCUGAGCCACGGGGUAGAAGCAGAGGACCCCUGCUUAGUCCGUGGCUCUGUGCCCCACUUGGAAUGAGCCAGCGGAUGUAGGUAAAACUUACAAAACCAUCUUUUCCUUACGAUGUGCAGAAAGCAUUGGAUCUAUUUCGUUUUCAGCUCAGGAAACGGGAAUGCCCUGCCCCCGUUCUACUCCAUCAGAUGCAGACACACUGAACACAAGCAAUAAAAUCUCCCUCUCCCAGAAAACCUCCUCUCCUUGGUGUGGUCACCAAGCAAGGUAGUAGAGCCCAUCUGAACUCUCACCGGUGAAUAGUCAGCUACGUCCCUGAUGCUAACCAAGUCAAAACGCCAGGAUGAAACAAGCUACUGAAACUUACAUUUCGGUCCACCUUAGCAUGUAGUGAAACGAAAACGUCCUCGCCUCCAUCCGAUUUGAAAAACGUCAUGGUCCAUGCCGAUCUUUGCUGACUCUCAGCAGGAGACGAGAGCCACACACAAUGUCCUUGUAUGGCUCUGCCAUCCCCGUGAAUCUCGGUGAGUGGUCGCUGGAGGAAGUCCCCAGCACGCGCCUAGCACCCCCCCCCCCACCUCCCACCGCCACUUGGUUAGUUACUGCUCAGUGUGGAGGGAAUAUGGCGCGGAACUCUGGUCGCUCUCAGUAAGUAGGCAGAGGACAAAAAUUGCGUCAUUUUCAUCACAUAGUUUGUUGUUUUAUCUAAAAGGAUUGUUCACGUGGUUUGUGAGCCAAGCCCUUGCUUGUCAUGGGUCUUUCAAAGAUGUGAGGACACAUGCGGUCCCCUCUCCCCGCCUCAGACACCUUCCCCACUUGGCACUCACCCCCCAUCGUAUGCCGUGUUAGCCAUCCUUGGCCUAGGUGGACUUUUUUUUGUAAAUUACAGUUUCCAGAUGGCAUUAAACUUUUUAUAUUACGAAAUUUACCAUGUAAAAAGAACUUCAUAUUUUUAUUGAGAUUGUUAAGGCACUUGGCCUUCCUUUGUGAUUUCAGUGUCUAUUAAAGCAUGAGU